AUGUCGGAAUUGGAGAUACGAUUGGUUCGCAAGCUUGAUUGCUUUAUUUUGGUGUACUGUUGUGCUGCCUACUUUUUCAAUUAUCUGGAUCGAUCCGCGUUCUCCAAUGCCUAUGUAUCCGGACUAAAGGAGUCCCUGAAGCUGGAGGGCAACCAAUACAGCAUCUUGCUCUCCAUGUUCACGGCUGGUAGCUGUACCGGCCAGAUACCUCAUGCCCUAAUCAUCCAAAAGGUUGCACCUCGCUUUUGGCUCCCCUUCACCCUGAUCGUAUGGUCCGUCUUGACCAUGUGUUCAGCGGCAUGCAAGACGUACGCCCAACUUUGCGUCGCCCGCUAUUUGCAGGGGUUCUUCGAAGCAAGUCUGUACAGCGGUACCAUUUAUAUUCUUGGAUCCUGGUACAAGCCUUUGGAGAUUGCCAAAAGAACCGCCAUCUUCACGGCUAUUGGACAGAUCGGCAGCAUGUUUGCCGGUAUCAUGAUGACGGCAAUGAAUGAGAGUCUACAUGGGCAAACCUCUCUUGCAGGCUGGCAAUGGGUCUUUAUCAUCAACGGGGCUAUGGGAAUCCCUUUUGGCAUCUUUGGUCUGUUGUUCUUUCCAAAUCUGCCAGAGUCCCCCAACACUCCAUACCUCAGCAAAGAGGAAAUACAACUCGCGUUAGACCGUCUGCCGCCCAAAAGAGACUGGGGUCACGAUAUCAGCCUCAAGUCACUGGUCAAGCGGCUUCUUUGGAAACCAGACGUUUACAUACUAUCCCUCUACUCUAUGAUAGGAUGCGCACUCGAAGCCAUUGUUCUUCAGGGUCUUUUCUUACUCUGGAUGAAAGCCAAUAUCGGCCAGUUUCCCUCGUAUGCGACGACUACUUACCCUCUGGGCAUCCAAGCCGUAUCUAUAGUUUCAAACAUUGGAGCUGGCUACAUCAUAGACAUGACUAAUCGUCGUAUACCCAUGGUCAUCCUAGCCGGAGUCUUGCAGCUUCUUGUGGCGAUUCUCCUGUUGGUCCCUAAUCUGUCUACCGCUGGCGUAUUGUUCGCGUUCUACCUGGCUGGUACAUCGUACAUUGUGAAUCCAGUCAUGUAUGGAUGGGCGAGUAUCAUCUGCCAGCGGAACGGUGACGACGCCUCGAGAUCAGUCAUACUUUACAUCAUGAGUAUGGUGCAAUCCAUACUAUACACCUUUUGGGGCAUUGCCUUUUAUCCUGCGACAGAUGCACCAUAUUGGAAGAAGGGCUACAUCACCAUGAUUAUAGUGGUGUUUGCCUUCUUUGGUUCAACAGCAGCUGUACAAUGGUUGGACACAAGGUCAAAAAUCACAGCAAGCAGCGAGGCAGAAUUCGUUUACAUUGAGAGCGAAACAGCUGAUGAUCGGAACAAGAAGGAUUGA